AUGGGGCGGAUGCUGGGGGUCUUCCUGGCCUGGGCGGGAGCCGUGCGGGCGCGGCUGGCGGCCAGCGGUUACUGGUCGGACGCCGUCGACCCCCGAACCGGCCGGGCGCUGGUCGGGCCGGCCGGCGCCGUGUACGACGAGGCGACCGGCGCAGAGGUGCUGCUGGGCUACGUGCGGCGGCAGCUGCCCGGCGGCUGCCCGGCGGUCAGCCACCCCGAGGCGGGCAGCGCGGUGUACCCGGCGUCGCUCUUCACGAGCGCGCCGCCGGCGCUGUUGCUUGAGGCGGCGGCGGCGGCAGCGGACGCGGCGUGCGGUGGGCGGUCGCAGCAUCAGGAGGAGCAGCAGCAACAGCAGCAGCAUGCGCGAGAAACGCAGCAACAGCAGCAUCAGCAGCACCAGCAGGAUCAGCAGCAUCAGCAAUAUCAGCAGCAGCAGUAUCAGUACCACCAGCAGCAGCAGCAGCAGCAGCAGCAGCAGCAGCAGCAGCAGCAGCAGCAGCAGCAGCAGCAGCAGCAGCAGUAUCAACAUCCUCAUCAACAGCAGCAUGGGCACUAUCACCGUCAGCAGGAACCCCAUCCCCACCACGACCACCAACAAUUCGAGCAGCAGCAGCAGCAGCAGCAGCAGCAGCAGCAGCAGCAGCAGCAGCAGCAGGCACCCGCCGAUGAGCAGCUUCAUGCCCAUGACAGCGCCGCUCGCACUGACGCGCCGGCGGCAGCGGCGGCGGCCCAGCCGACCCCGGCCCACCCGCGGUGGGCGUGGCACGCGCCGCCGGUGCUGACUGUCCAGGGGAUGACCCUCGCCACCAAAGGCGGCGUCCCCAUUGUCAACGGCCUGAGCUUCCAGCUGCCCGCGGGCGGCAGCCUCCUCAUCACCGGCCCAACCGGCGCCGGCAAGUCCACGCUGCUGCGCGCCCUGGCCGGCCUCUUCCCCGCCGCCGCCGGCGCCGCGGCGCUGCCGCCGCCGGGCCGCGCGCUGUUCGUGCCGCAGCGGCCGCUCGCGGCGCCAGCCGGCACGCUGAGGCAGCAGCUGGCGUACCCCGGGAUGAGCCCUGCGGGCGGGACCGGGCGCGGGCUUGGGCCCGUGCAUGACAACCACGGCGGGUGCGGCAGCCAGGAAUCAGACGCAGAGCUGUGGGCGCUCCUGUCCGCCGUCGGCCUCGGCGCGCUGCCGGCCCGCCUCGGCGCGACCCUAGACGGCCCUGCUUUGAACUGGGGCGCGGCCCUCUCGCCCGGCGAGCUGCAGCGGCUCGCGUUCGCGCGCGUCCUGCGCGCCGCGCCUGCGCUGGCCGUGCUCGACGAGCCCACGAGCGCGCUCGGCGACGCCGACGGCGCGGCGCUGCUCGCGCUGCUGGCGGCGCGCGGCGCGGCGGUCGUGACCGUCGGCCACGGGCGGGCGCUCGCGGGGGCGCACCGGCUCGAGCUGUCUAUCGCCGGUGAUGGCAGCGGCGCGUGGUACCUGCGCGCGACGGGGGCCUGA